GAAUGAUGUAUGUGCAGAGUUUGUUUUCACAUUUAUCUGCAGAAGGAGGACAGUUGCUCACUGAAAAUCUGAGUUAAACACAACUAUUUUGGAGGCUGAUCCUGGACUAACAUUCAACUUAGACAUGUGUGAUGUGGAUACUCGAAGCCUCCAGCGCACAAACACUGAGAAUGGACUUUACAGUGAAGUGUCCAACAAUUAAACUUUUUAAAUUGAAAAUUAUGUACAUUUUCAUAGCUUCUGGACAUUUAAUGAGGGAGAGGGAGUAGAUGUCAUUUUAAGAAUUAGGUCACUGAACUUUUUUGUGGAAAAACAUCAGAGUAAUUGUCUUAAACCAUGUCUGCAGAGGAUCUUCAAAAAGCUGAAGAACAGAAAAAAAAUGUCACAUAUUUCCCAUUAAAUAGGAGCGAGACAUCUUGUCAUUAGACGAUCUUUGUUUCGCAGUAGCAGUCGUUAUGCGCAUGCGCGGACGCAACCUCCGCUCCCCCCGCGCUCGGCGCUGACAGCAGGCUGGCCGGAGACCGUUGCUGCUGCUGCUGCUGCUGCCGCCGCCGUGUUGUUGUUGCCGCUUCCGUCGCCGCCAGCUUCCACUCCACGUUGUGACCUGCUGUCCGGAUACAAACUGACACCAGAACGGGACUUAAUUUUUUUCACGGAAACAAAAAAAAAUAAAUAAAAAGCGACAAAGUGUUUUCGGGAGGCUUCGGACACCGCCGAGCUUUCUCCUCUCCUUCUCCCCGUCCUCCUGCCGGUGGUGAGCGGACAGUCGGUGAAGUAAGACUGUGAAGACACUGGAGCGAGGGGCCGACAGCCGAGAGACGUCGGACUGCAUGAAGAGGUUGAGUGACGGGACCCUGGUCCUCUCCUAGACCCCUCCCACCACCUCCACACCGCCUGGACAUGAGGUCGUUCCGAUCGUUCGCAAACGACGACCGCCACGUCAUGGCCAAGCACGCCGGCGUUUAUCCGACGCCGGAGGAGCUGGAGGCCGUCCAGGCGCUGGUGUCCACCGUGGAGGGUGCCCUGAAGAAAGUCUCCGAUUGGAUGGACGGCCUCAACAAACCCUCAGGGAAGACCUCGACCAACGGCGAAGCUGCUGAUGACAAAGCGGAGGAAGACGCCGCCGAUACAAAGCCGGACGGGACGUCGGUGCUGUGCGGGGUGACGCGUGUCGGCCUGGUGGCCAAAGGCCUGCUGAUCAAAGGGGACAUGGACCUGGAACUGGUGCUGAUGUGUAGAGAGAAACCCACCAAGCUGCUGCUGUACACCAUCAGCGCCAACCUCCCCCUGCAGAUCCAGACAAUGACGGAGGACAAAUACGAGGUGCGGUCGUGCGUGCCCGAGGCAGCCAUCCAGGUCUGCAGCACCAAAGACCCCCGACUCACGCUGAAGAUCACCCUCUCCUCCUUAGCCAUGAGGGAGGAGCACAGCACCACAGAAGAAGAGGAGGGCGAGCAGGAGGACGACAAGGAGAGACAGGAGGACAAACGAGAUGAGGAGGAGGAGGAGGAGGAUGUCUUGGACAGGCAGAAGUGCCAGGCUGCGCUGGCUUCGCUCCGACACGCCAAGUGGUUCCAGGCCAGAGUCACAGAUCUCAAGUCCUGCGUCAUCGUCUUGAGGAUUCUCAGAGACAUGUGCAACAGACUGCCUGUGUGGCAGCCUCUCAAAGGAUGGCCUCUGGAGCUGAUCUGUGAAAAGGCCAUCGCCACCUGUAACCGGCCGCUGGGGCCAGGUGAGGCGCUGCGUCGCGUCAUGGAGUGCGUCGCCUCAGGGAUUCUCCUGCCAGGAGGUCCAGGAGUUCACGACCCCUGUGAGAGGGAACCUACGGACGCCCUGUCCGACCUCAACGCCCAGCAGGCCGACGCCAUCACACACAGCGCACAGCACGCGUUACGCCUCUUAGCCUUUGGACAGCUUUACAAGGUCUUGAAUAUGGAUCCUCUCCCCGCCAGCAAGCCCUCAGCAGGGCUGUUAGAAGGCGGCUGUCAGAAGAGGCAUCGGGAGGACGUCGGGUCAGAUGACAGAGACUUCAUCAAGAGGAUGAAAGUCUUGGACUGGAGGAUGACGGAUCCCAAUCACCCCAUGAACGCCCUGAUGCGUCUGAACCAGAUCCAGCCGGGGCUCCAGUACCGCCUGCUGUCCCAGUCCGGCCCGGUCCACGCUCCGGUCUUCACCAUGUCUGUAGACAUCCAGGGAACCACCUACCAGGCCACCGGGAACUCCAAGAGAACCGCCAAGCUGCAAGUAGCCCUCAAGGCGCUGCAGGCUCUGGGCUACGUGCUCGGCAGCGACGGAGACGUGGACUCGCUGAGCGCUGACGAGAAGUCAGAUGGCGAAGGCAAGAACGACAGGAUGUCCACCAGCUCCAGCUCCACCUCCAUCACCUCCUCCACAGACACACAGGAGUCCAGAGCUCCGGGUCCCAUCCUGACGGCGGGAGGUAAAAACCCAGUGAUGGAGCUGAAUGAGAAACGCCGCGGCCUCAAAUACGAGCUGAUAUCAGAGAGCGGCAGCAGCUACGACAAACGCUUCAUCAUAGAGGUGGAGGUGGACAAGCAGGUUUUUCGGGGGACUGGUCCCAAUAAGAAAGUAGCUAAAGCCAGCGCUGCACUGGCCGCCCUGAACAGCUUGUUCUCCGGCUCCAAAUCCACGACCAACAAGAAGAAACGACCCAAUCCUCCGCCGAAGCGACCCGUGGCCUCGGUGCUGACGCUCCCGGCUCUCGCUGCCAGACCUCCACGAGUCCCCGUCAUCCCCAGAGCUCCUUACAUCAGCACCCCGCCCACACAUGGAUACAUCCCCCCAGGUUUUGGUGCUCCGUAUGGUUACAGCCCUGCAGGCGCCCUACCUGCCUAUGGUUUUCCCUCCAGAUUGCCCUCAGUAGUUGUCCCAGUCAUCAGAGUCCCCACAACAUACCCCGUCACCCACCUCUACCCCUAUUAGGACCUCCUACCUUCCCUCACCUCACCCUCCUCACCUCGCAGGAAAAUCACUUGUUAAAGGAAUAUCCUGACUUUGACUGUGUGUUCACGACACAAGCUUCAAAUAGUAAAACCAACAUAUAGCCUUACUGUGUGUUUCUAUAAAUAGGGAAAUCUUUCCUAGUCUUACCGAGUCAGAUAUAAAGGAUGGAUAUCAGUUUAGCCUAACCUAACUCCCCCAUUAGCAUCAAAUCAUAGCAUGUUCCCUCUGGACAGCAACCAGCUAGAUUAAAUUGGCCAUUAGAAAGUUGUGCGUCUAUGUUGCUACAAGCUGUGUGAACACAGUUUGACAAAUAAGCUCUUUGAUCAUCAAACCGUUAUACAUUGAAAAACUGACUUCAGCGUUUAGUGAGCUGCAGUGUGUGAAAGACUGCUCAGGUUAAUAUUACACCAGGGAGCUGAUCAUCUACUGUAGGAGACUGAAUAAACAUUACCUACUGUAUAAGGAACUAAAUGAAAAUCUACUGUAGGGAACUAAUUAACCACCCCCCAUAGUAACACCCCUCCCCCCCCCAAAAAAAACAAGAAGAAACACUGAAAUGAACUCCAAAAAGCACCAACCAAUACAAUGACUACUACAUAUCUGCUGUGAGUAAAUAAACAUACUGUGUUAGGGAACUAACUCAACAUCCACUGUAGCGGAUUAAGUAAACAAAAUAGAUAGUCACUAUAGGGAACUAAAAGAAAACAUCAACUGUACACCAACUACUAAAUAUCCAACGUAGGAAAUAAUAGGACUAUACUCUGAUAGGAAUUAAAGGAACGGUUCCCCUACAGUGGCUGUUUUAGUUCCCAAUGGGAUGUUUAGUUCCUUACAGUGAAAAUCAUCCUCUGUAAGGGAACUAAAGAAACAGCCAUCAUAGCAAACUAAAUUAACAGCAAUUGUAGGGAAGAGAAAAUAAUAUCCACUCUAAGAAACUUAACAUACUCUUUUGGGAACUAAAGAAAGGCCUACCAUACACCAACUAGUAAUAUAAAAUACAGGGAACAAAAUAAAUAUAAACUUGUAAUAAGUGUAACAUCUUGUGUAUGGAACUAACAAGACCACCAACCAUACACAAACACUAAAUAUACAAUGUAGUGAACUAAAUAAACUGCAAGGAGCUAAAGGGAAGUAAAGAAUCAUCAACUGUAGACCAACUAUUAAGGGAACUAAACAUCCACCAUAGAGAACUAAAUAUACAGUCACUGUAGGGAACAAAAAAAGCCACUUAAGUACAAAAACAAGAACAUAUCCCAUGUAGGAAACUUACCUCUGUUUCAAACUAAAGUAACAACUUCUACAGUGGCUGUUUUUAUAAGUUUCCCAGAGGAUGGUCAGUUCCUUACAGUGGAUAUUUAUUUAGUCUCCUACAUUGAAUAUUUAGGUGUACCGAGUUUGCUUUUCAUUCCCUACAGUGGCUAACUAAAUAUCCACCAAAGAAAACUAAAUAUUCAUUGUGGGGAAUUAAAAUAACAACUAAACUAAACUAAAAAUAUAUAUAUAUGUUAUACUCUAUUUAUUAGGAUCCCUUACAAUAGUUAUACAAUAGAAAAACAAAAAAGGAAGGAUCAAACAACUUUACAAUACAACAACUACUAAAUAUUGAGUGUAGGGAACUAAACGUUCAACGCAGCUAACUAAAUAAACAGCCAUAGUAGGGAACAAAAAACCCCACCACCAAUCAAACAUUAUCUGCAAGGAACUAAAAUAAAUGAUUCCUCUACAGUUUUGUUAGAACCUUAAUGUGGAUAUUUAGUACUUGGUGUACAGUUGUUUUCUUGUAUUUGGAUAAUUAGUUCCCUGUGGUGGCAAACUGCAUAUUCACCAGAGCGAACUAAAAAAAAUUAGACACUGUAAAGAAAUGAACAUACUCUUUUGAGAACUUAAGCAACUUAACCCUACAAUUUCUUUAGUUCCCUACAGGUGUUUUCUUUUAGUUCCCUACAGUGGGAUUUUUAUUUACUUCACUGUGGUGGAUAAUGAGUUCCCUACAGUGGUUAAAAGUUAUUGUAGGGAACUAAAAACACAACUACUAAAUAUCCACUGUAAGGACGUAACAUCCUCUGUUGGGAACUUGAGAAACAGCCACUAUAGGGAACAAAAUACACCACCAACCAAACACUGACUACUAAAUAACCAACUGGGAAUUAAAUAAUUAUCCACUGUAAGGAGGAAAAUAUCUUCUUUAGGGAACUAAAGAAACAGCCAGUGCAGGGAACUAAAUAAACACCAAAUAUGCAGAUAGAAAACUGAUGACAUAGAGACUUAAAACGGUAACAGAUCAGACAGCUUCAUUGUCAAAAAGUUAAUUAUUCCUUUAACGGUCACUGAUGGAUGUGAACGUUGUUUUGUAUUUUAAUUUCUCUCUUGUUUUCUAAUGUUUUAAGUUCCUGUGGAGAGAGAAAAAACAGGUUUACAAUAAUCGGUUGCACUGAGAAACCUUUUCCUUCUCUUUGGAUUUUGAAUGUCCGAGUUUACAUUAUUACAGUUACUGUUGAGUAUGAGCCAUUUUGUGUUGAGUUAAAAUGCUGUCUUUUCAGAGAGGUUUUAUUUUGACCUGUUUGUAAGUAAUAUUCUUUUUAAAUAAAUGAAUAUUUUUGUCAA